AUGUUUAAAUGGACUCCUAAUUUUGAUCUUUAUUUUGAGACUCCCAUUGCUGCUGUUUGGUGCAAUUUGCAUGCUUUACCCAUUCAUCUAUUUGAGGAAUCUAUGUUAUUUUCCAUUGGUAAAUUGUUUGGUGAGCCGAUUCAGAUUGAUCAUAACACUAUCACACGUGCACGGAUGUCAUAUGCACGCAUUUGCAUUGAAAUAGAUAUCUCAAAGCCUGUUCCAGGGAAAUGUAUGCUUCGACUCGGGGGAAAAGAUAUUACGUUGCAGGUGAGGUGGGAUAAGAUCCCACACUACUGUUCAGCCUGCAAGCAUGUUGGUCAUUCAGAGGACCAUUGCUAUGCUAUUGGGAAGAAACCGGCCCCACCCAAGAAAGAUUUCUUCAGACCGGCACAACAUAAGCAAAAUGAGAUGAGAGGAGAGCAAGGGGAUCAGCCCCGGGGGAAGCAACAAACCGUGCAGACACAGGUAGAAUCGGGUUGGAACCGUGUGGGUAAGAAAGGCACAGUUUUGAGGGACUCGACGGCGCAGGAACAGAAUAAGGGAGUUCAGACACCACGGUAUGAAUACAGAGUAGUAGCAAGCCGAAAUGACAACCCCAAUACCAGCCUGCAGAGUCGGGAGCCUACUUUUUCUCAUAACUCCGGCUAG